UACACUUAACCAAACAAAUCCCGACGACUGAAUGCAGAAUUUUGCACCUCGAAGACGCCGCAAAGAACUUUCGGUGCUAUAAACGGGAAGAAGCCAGGCAAAUCUCUGCCUUGUAUGGAUUACCAGAUUUAAGUAAUGUGAUUUUUUUUGUGUGUGUGUGUAUGAAAACUAGUUCAGUGUAACUAGUUGAUAAACCAAUGAAGAAAAAUAAUAGAGACUCCUGUUUAUUUGACUGAAGUUUUUAUUGGGUAUAGACUAGAGAGAAAACAACAAGAGUCCAAGUUUGUCAUGUGAAAUGUGUGUACUUUGGAAAUCUGUUAAAGAAAAGCUGUCUACUGAAGCUUCGAUAUAUCUAACUAGACGAAGAAAAAACAGAAUACAAGAGAAGAAACAGACUUUCUAAUUAUUGACCAUAAAAAUCACACCCAUAGAAGAGAAACUUUCCUUAGUACAUAAAGUUCACGAUACUGCUGUUGAUCGUAGCCUGGAGACUGCUUCACAACCAUUAUGGAAAAACCAGAAAAAAUAGUGGAAGAGUUGAUACAUCAAGAGGGAGUGAAACCUGAAGCAGAAUGUAUUUCCUUACAAACAGCUGGCAGCAGUACAUCACAUGGUUUAGAAUCUGGCGAAAUGCAGGCCUCUUAUAAUGGGCAAGAAGAAUUAGUAGAAGAUGUGUCAAUUGCUAAUCGAGAUAUUAAUGCUAAUGAACUUACGGAAGAAGAAAAGCCCUUAGAUCAUCAAAUAGACAUUAGCUGUUCUUCUGAAAAACAAAUAACGUUGGAGGUAGAAAGAAAAUUCAUAGUUCCUGCUGACUGUGAAACAUUGAUUGAGAGUCUUGGCGGAACAUUAAUUGAAGAGAAACACUUCCAAGAUGACUAUUAUGACACCGAAGACUACAGCUUGACCAUUAGAGAUUAUUGGCUACGACAAAGAGACGGAAUAUGGCAGCUAAAAUAUCCACCAGAACAGAGAGCUGAAAGUUCUUCCACAUCUCAGUAUUGCGAAACAGAUUCUGAAGACCAAAUUUGCGAGCUUUUAACUAAAGUUCUGCAGUCUUACCUUGGCAGGCACGAUAUGCAUGUGUCGGGAAUUGUGCCCGUGUCGAACAUUGUGUCUUCCAUUUGCCAUAACUUCGCGUCUUUCAAAACGAAAAGGAAAUCGUAUAAAAUAGACGAUAUUAAGAUCGAUCUUGAUAUGAUGGACUUUGGAUUUAACGUUGGUGAAAUUGAGAUAAUUAUACAUCGUCGCUCUGAUCUGUCACAAGCCUUAUCUCGUAUUGACGACCUAGCCUCCAAAUUAGGUGUCAAGGAAGAAGUUUCAGAAGGAAAGAUGGAGAACUUUCUACGAACAAAAUCCUCUUCUCAUUAUAACCAGCUAGUCUGUCUGGGAGUUUUAUCCAAAAAAGAUUAAUUGUUUAUAUUUUUCAGUUUCAACUAACCAGUCCAUUAUCAUAUAAUUUGUUUUGUGUUUUUUUUUCCUUGUUGUUGUUGAAAUUGGUUUGAGAUGGUUGAUGAAAUACAGCAGUUUUUAGUGUAUUAUCUCACAUUUCUGUUUGCAUUGAAUCUCCAGAUAGUUUCUAAAUAUAAUAUCAGUUUAAGAGUUUAUUAUGGUGCAUAAUAAUUUUGAACUUUAAGUUUCAUGUAAGAAAUACAAGGUUUGGUUAGCGGUGAUACUACCACAUUUAUAUAUAUGCCUAUCUCAAUAUAUGUGUAUUUUCCUGUUCUACUUUAUUCACCUGCUUACCAAUAUUUAAAUUGUAUGGCCAUAGCAACAGUUUUUAUACUUAAAACUAACAAAUCUGAUUAAUUUUUAUAAGUAUCAUCCUUUAUGAAUUGCGACUAAAAUAAAAAGAUACAAAAACCCACCACUGCAGCUUGAAGUUUGUUGUCUUUUCUGUGUAAAAAACAAAUCUCAUAAUAUUCCUUUUAUCACAAUUGUGUAAGCAGCUAUUGUCUACAUUAAGGAAGUUAUACAUUUUGUGUAAAACUACAUAUUUCAAAUAUUCUUUUUCACGUAUUUAAAUACAAAAGGUUUUUCAAGAUAGUCAAACUUAACGUGGCAGUUUUUCAUUGUAUAGAAUUGUGUCUGUACAGUAAAUUGAACACCUGUCACCUAAUAUGGUUAUUAUUCAAUUGUUACAUAUUAAUUCUCCUAGACGUGAAAUAAAAGUGAACAAAAUUUUCAGUGUUUUAUCAUUUAAAUUCGUUUAGAUACAGAGAAAAAAAAUACUAAAAUAUCAGUUGAAUAUUUCACAAUUUUUUAUAAUGUGAUUGUUAUAUUUAAAUGUUUAGAUGGAAUUUUGAUUACCAGUACUCCAAGCUUUGCAUUCAUUUAUAUCUAAUUGAUUUUUGAUAUUUUUCAUUUUUAUGAAUUAACAUUUUAAUUUUUUUAUAGUGUCCUUGUUUGGAGGCGUUAUUGUUCAUUAUUUUCCUAUGUUAAAUGGUUUUAAUAAUCGAAUAUUAUACAGGUGUUUUGCAUGAAGUUCAUAAGGGCAUUAUUUACUUAUAGCAUGUAGAAGGUAAAUGUGUUGAAUUUCAUUGUAUCCUUAAGUCAUGUUAUACUUCAAACUGGUAUGUUCUAAUGAGAACUGAGGUGAUAUAUUACAUAUAGAAGUAGGUAUACAUCAGUAUCUCAGUGGUUAAUUUCAUAUAAAUUUUAAACAGUUGUCGUUAAUGUUUAGAAAUGACCAAAUUUUCUGAUUUUUCACUUAUUUUACUAGAAAUAUAAAUGGGGUGUUAGUUGUUUUUAAAGUUUCAAACCUUAAACUUUUUAUGUAAUUACACAGACAUUAAAUGGUUUCUUACUUAAAACUAUAUCUUAACUUAUAUCUGUUACCAUUUUAUUGAUUUGAAUUUGGUGAUAACGUGUAAAUGAAAUACAAUAAUUAUUUUUCCAGCCAAGAAAGCUUUGAAUAAAUGUACCAGAUAGAAUAUUGAAUAAGUCUGUAUAAAGGAAAUACAUAUUAAUACUUUAUAAAGUUUGUCGAUAACUACAAUAUGCUUAAGGUUCCACAUUUUUGAGGAUCAACAGGUGUAUAUGUAUAUGAAGCUGUUGGUACCAGUGAUCUGUAUUUUUAGAUUGUUAUCUCCAGAUUCUCAGUUUAUUUUGUCUAGAAUAAAAUCAAAGUACAAUUCAAAUAAUAUUUUUGCUGAAUGUCUUUUACUGUUCAGAAAUAUAAUAACAAUAUUAAGGAUGUAUUCUAAAAAGUGAUGGGGCAAUAAAAUGUAUUUAAUGUGAACAAGUUUCCCAUCCAGUUGUUUGUUGGAUGAACAUAAGUUUCCUCGAACAACUUAUUACAAGUGAUGUUUUAAAUGUAUUAGAAAGUUGAAUAAAUAUAAACUGAAAUACUUGA